GACACUGCCAUAUUCGUAGAAGAGGCUGUAGGCGUCAGCGCAAAGACCUCACGGUACGGUAUCGACUAUCGAACCAGGACUCAGAGUCUAUAUGAGCCUUCUCAGUUCCCAGCCGCCCCUCCCCUGUCUUUUACUUCCCAUCAUUCGCCGUUUGGGUAGAUAAGCCACUGAAGCCAAACUUUCUAGCCACGGUUCACAAACUUUAUUGACUUGGUCCGUCCGGCAGACACCAGCAGUAGAACCUUACCCGUCUUUCGUGAUGUGUGAUAACCACGGAGCAGCCCUAUUUUGCUCCCCCCAAGAGGGUAGCCAACUUCAAACCGGAGAAUCUGUUGAGAUAACAUGGGACCCAUCUUUCUUCGACACAACCCCCUUUCAAGUCCUGAUCCAAGCCGACUUCUUCGACGGCUCUAGUAGUACUACUACCGGCGAAAAAACCGGCUUCACCUCGGCCCCUCUUAACACCAACACGGGCCGAUUCACCUGGUCCAUCCUGGAGUCGUACCUGCCGCCCGGUACCAAUGCCACCUCGGCCGCCCUCUCCAUCGCCGAGCCCAUUAUGAUCAUCCCCGCCAGCAACCGCACCACCAAUUCCCAUGCUGCGCCCACACCACUGGCAGGACGCAUGCGGUAUCCCGGGCCGACGGUUUCCAUCCUCCGCGCCAGCACAGGCACAGACAUAGACACAAACACCACGACCUUUACUGCUACUAGUAAUAAUACUAGUAGUGCACCGAACCAGCAGACCCAGACCCAACAACCCCAAUCAUCCACAUCCCAAAGUCCAACCCGCCAGCAGCAGCAGCAGCCAGGAACCGCAAACACCCUGGCCAUCGCCCUCCCCGUGGCCUUUGGCCUGCUCACCCUGCUGCUCAUGGCGGGCUAUGUCCUGCUGAAGCGGCACAACCCGGGCUUCUCGGCGCGUACCUUCUUUUCCGGGGCCGCGGCCACCCUCCAGCGGUGGUGGGUCGGCACUGUAGUCGCUGGCGUGAAGGGCGGGGGCGGGGGCUACGGCGAGCGACAGAGCCGCGGGCAGAGAGUCGGCACCGGUCAGGGGAAGAGCUUGAGGAAGAAGAUGACUGGUAAUGGUAAUGGUAAUCGUAAUGGGGUCACUGGGGGGCUGAGGGGGAAAGAGAUCAGGGUUGUUACGACGGAUUUGGAUGGGCUGAGGAUGAAUGCCGUGAGAAUGGGAAUGGCUGAGGGUUCGAAUUGGGGGAGGGGAUAUGGUCCUGGCCCCGGGAAUGCGGGUGUUGAUGCGCGUGGUGCGGGGUGGCCUGGGAUGAUGGGAGUGGGAUUAGGAAGCGGCACUAUCUCUUCGCGGGCGGAGGGGUCGUAUGGUGAUCGAGAGAGAGCGCCGGGAAAUGUAUUUAGGGACGAGCUUUGGAGACAGGAGAGGGAGAGGGUCUAG